GUGUAUCUCUGAGAAAAGAGAAAACCGGUCGGAGGAGGUAAACGGGUUCGGGCCUCGGCUGGAGGAGCUGGUGUGACGUAGCAGUCCACCAACACACAGACACACACGCGCACACGCCACCACCACACACCGGCUGCUGCUGCUGCUGCGCCUGCCAGAAUCUCAAUGUGGGGAAAUGACCGCGAGUGACCUCAAAGAAAACGCUGUAUUUUAGCGACGGCUCGCAUUUCCAUUUUAUACAUAAUUAUAUAAAAAAUGCGCGUUACAUUUUAGCGUAAUAUUCUAUGGUAAAAUACGUUACAUUUCGGAAAAGGAUACGGUUUAGCUGCUCGCGCUACUGUCUCACUAGCUUGCAAGCAGCGGGGCUAACAUAGCUAGCUAAGCUAAAGUAGCCGGGCUAGCUAGUACAUUUGUUUUUCCUGCAGAUGCUAGGCUAGCUGCUGCCAUGGAUAAAGCAAAGUCAAUGAUUGACAAGAAAGGAGCGUCGGGACCCUUUCAUGUCAACAACUGUCAGAGCCAGAGGGGGUUUCACGCUAACGGCAGCUGUUGCAGUAGCAAUACAUUCGGUUCGAGCACCGGCGGACCCAACAGCAGCACGUUUGAGAACAUGCAUCAUCUGCACCGCGGGGACGAUGCGGAGUGCAACGGGUCCCCGGCGAAGAGAUGCAGGCUACGGAGGAGGACGGAGUCGUUGAGGCGGAGCAGACCCCCCUUCCCCUGGUUCGGUAUGGACAUCGGUGGCACCUUGGUCAAGUUGGUGUACUUUGAGCCAGUCGAUAUAACUGCAGAGGAAGAACAGGAAGAAGUGGAAAACCUCAAGUCCAUCCGCCGCUACCUCACCUCAAACGUGGCCUAUGGUAAAACAGGCGUCCGUGACGUCCACCUGGAGCUGAGGAACCUGACCAUGUGCGGCAGGACGGGGAACCUGCACUUCAUCCGCUUCCCAACGCAGGCCAUGCACCAUUUCAUCCAGAUGGGCCGUGACAAGAACUUCUCCAGUUUGCACACAACACUCUGCGCCACCGGAGGCGGGGCGUACAAGUUCGAGAAUGAUUUCAGAACAAUGGCUGACCUGGAGCUGCUGAAGCUUGACGAGCUGGACUGCCUGAUCCGCGGCCUGCUCUUCGUGGACCGGGUGAGCUUCAAUGGACACCCAGAGGGCUACUACUUCCAGAACCCAUCAGACACCCAGAGCUGCGUGAAGACGACCUGCACCCUGGACAACCCUUUCCCCAUGCUGCUGGUCAACAUCGGUUCUGGGGUCUCCAUACUGGCCGUGUACUCUGAGAACAACUACAAACGGGUGACUGGGACCAGUCUGGGAGGUGGUACAUUCCUGGGCCUUUGCUGUCUGCUGACGGGCUGCGAGACAUUCGAGGAGGCGUUGGAAAUGGCCAGCAAGGGCGACUCUACCAACGUGGACAAACUAGUGAAAGAUAUCUACGGAGGAGACUACGAGCGCUUUGGCCUGCAGGGCUCUGCUGUCGCAUCCAGUUUUGGCCACAUGAUGAGCAAAGAGAAGCGAGACAGCAUCAGUAAGGAAGACCUGGCCAGAGCCACACUGGUCACCAUCACUAACAACAUAGGAUCCAUAGCACGGAUGUGUGCUGUCAAUGAGAAAAUCGAGCGUGUGGUGUUUGUUGGGAACUUCCUUCGUAUCAACACAGUGUCCACAAAACUGCUAGCCUAUGCCAUGGACUUCUGGUCUAAAGGACAACUAAGAGCCCUUUUCCUGGAACACGAGGGUUAUUUUGGAGCUGUUGGGGCGCUGAUGGAGCUGCUCAAGACAACAGAGGACCCGUAAAAGAAAUUAUCUUGUGACAUCAUCAACCCUCGGCAAGACGAUGUCAUCCACCCCUGAAUGCUGUGAUGUCAUCAACUUGCGAUGCUGUGACGUCAUCAACUUUUGAUGCUGCUGAAAGGUCCCGUUCACAGAGGCCGCUAAGAGACACUAAGAGAGACACAGAAACUGAGAAAAGCCAUUUUAAUAAUUUAACACUUGUAAAUAAUGAUAACCUCUAACUUUCAUCUCCUAAACUUCCCAAACAGAGUCCCCCUAUCAUAGAGGUUUUAAUAUUGUAAUCUUUAAUUUAUGGUUUCCUGUAAUCACUCUGUUGAUUCCUGUAAUCAGCCCUGUGUCAGGAAGCACAGAUUGAGUAUUUUAGUGUUUUUUGUCACUAUGUAUUUGUGUGAAUAGCUACUGUAGCAUUAAGUCCUGGAGGCUGUGGUUCCACGGGCAACUAUUUGUGCAACACUAUUUUAAUUUAGGAUGUCUGCACAGAAAUUAAGUUACUCUUGAAUAAGUAAUUGGGCAUUUUUACCUGCUGGGACUCAAGAUUUUGUUUUUGUGACCACAUAAACAUAAUUUGACCAGCAAUGCCUCCUGCCUUCAGCUGUCAGUGUGCAGACAGUCAAUGCUGUAAAACCAUCAAGACCACAGAUAGUGGUCCCCCAGCUCCAAACUGCAGCUGCACAGCAGUUGUGACAGCGGCUAAGGGUUGGAGGCAAUUUGUUGUUGCCUGUUUGUUGCACAAAAACCUGCCCACAACAAUGCUACAGUCUUUUAAGGAGUGCACUGAAGCCAAAUCCUGUUGAGAUUCGUACGACACCUGCCUCCUUCAGCCUAGAUGGAUAACCUAUAAACAGUCUUUGAUUCUUUCUGUUUCUCACUGACUGCACAUGGCCUUUGCUUUUUGUGUGUUUCUCCUCCAUCUGCCUACAUGUAAACAACAUUAACAACACCACAUUGCCACUCAUGCAUACCUAACCUGUUGAGUUUAGUGUUAGAUGACGGGACCAAGACAUUGUCUUUCAACAGAUGGCGCUACAACUGUGCCCGCAUUGUUGAUUUCUGUUAACUAGCAUCACCACAACUACAGUUCAGGACCCAGUCGGCCACAGCGACCUGUGUUUGUAAUUUGUGAAAUACUUUGGGAUUUUUGUAAUCUCUGUAGGGAAUCAUCCUUUCUUUUCUCUUACCCUUCCCGAUCUGUCAGCAUUACUUCAGGAGAGUGGAGGCCUGCCUUGUUUGGAUGUUGCAGUGUGAUUUAAUGAGGCGGCCAGGCUGAGCUAACACAGGCUGCGAUUAAAAAUGCUCCAUGUGAAUCCUCGCAUAAAAAGGGUUCAGCAGUAGAUGCAAAUGCAGAAGAAUGGUGUCAUCUUUUGGAAGACAAUGGGAACCAAGAUGCUUUUAGCCAAUAGUUGCCCCUCCUGUAAAAUACACUAAUGCAUAUUUUCCAUCAACAAAAUCAAUGUAUCUACUGUAGAUUAGACUCUGUUUUUACUGUAUAAUGGUGCAGAUAUUGUGCACAACAGUUAAUGAUUUAUUCUGAAAGUGCUGCUGGGUAGGUGCAGUUUUAUUCCCCCACUUUGUACUCAAAAACAAUGAGAAAAAUAUCAUAGUAGUUGGCCAACAUUUCCCAGCUACAACCCCAAUUAUCACUUUUUUUUACCAUUUCAGACUGUGUGCUUCAUUUCAACCAUGAAAACCUGGGGUAUUGAACAUGCCCAGGUCCAGAUUGACUAACUUGUGUUUAGAGGGAAAUUUGCAGAAGAUCAGAAUUAACCACACUUAUGCAAAAGAUAGAAGACAUUUAAGCGAUUUUUUUUUUUUUUUUUUUUUUUUUUUUAAAAGAAUGUUGUAUUUACAAAAUACUAAUAGUUCAAAUUGUAGUGAAACCAUGGCCUGAGAUUCUAGGAUGGAAACCCUUCUUGCUUGCCUGAAUUACCUGUAAUCCUGUUAUGUUAUUAUGCAUGACAAGAGGCUUUGUCAUGAGUGAGCUUUCCAGUCAUCGUUAAUUAAUUAUAGAAUUAUUGCAUCAUAGCUGUUUUAGAGAACCAUGGUGUAGAGUUUCCUGUAAUGUUUCCUGUCCCAGCUGGGACCUUUACAGCCUUUUAUCUCUGUUUAUUGUCCAAGCAAUUGAACAGUAACGCUGAGUGGUGCGGUCUCCACUGUCCACUGCUUUACAUAUUAAGUACCACUGUCUACAUGCCUUUACUCGCCAGCAGAAAAACUGUGCUCUUUCCCUUUUUGGUUUUUUGUACUCCACAUUAUUUGUUGUUAAAAUACCUCCAAGCAAACACUACCAACACUUUGGGGUGUGUUAGUUUUCUGUGUUUCUGAGCCUGAUGUACAAGUGUACAAGGAGUUUUAUAUUUCACCUACAGUAAUUAUAACAAGGGUGAAAUCCUUAUCAGUUAUGUUGCAGUAAUGUUAGGCAAGUAUUCUGGACGUCUCAUUGACAAAAUUGAGUGAUUGCAGUUAUCUCCUCUUCACCUUCUAACAUACCCUUGGACUACACUUUGACCACAACAAAUAACAUGUUUGCUGCUAUUCAGUUCUUUUUGUGUUAAUUUCUAAACAGACAAGACAAAGGGCAGUUUGAUUCUAGGCUACGUAGUUCUUCGAGAGUUGUUAUUUUAAGCUGAUGUUUUAUCCACAGGAACUCACAAUACACUAACAUUUAAAAUUUUUACCGUUGAAGCAAUUGUGUUUGCAAAUUAUAGAUUGCACAGAAUCAAAAUAGAUGAGGGUCCUUUUUUGUGAUUUCCAAUUUUUGUUUUGUCCUUUUUAAUAAACUUAUCAGGUAACAGAAUACAGAAUAAUCACAUUUUUAAAGAGCAGAUCCCCUGCAGUUGAUACAAACCAAAAGUCCAAAAUUAAUAUAUAUCUACCAUGGAUACUUUGAUUGUAAUAGGCGUUAUUAACUACCAAUUAGCUUCAAUAAUCCAAAUACCAACAUUUAUGCAAGAGUUACGAGUAAACCUGUGGUGAUAUACUUUUAAAGUAGUAUUGUUUUAAAAGGAGUUUGGAAUUUCGCAAACCAUUUCCUCUGGAAACAUUGAAUCAUCAGUGUGUUCGAUCCUGCUUUUUUUCAGCUGCUAUGACGCUGCAAAUUUUUUUUUUUUUUGGUUUGUUUUCAUAUUUUGCCUUGUUCCAACUCAUGUUUGGAUGAUAAUAGUGGCCUCGACCUGUCAGGUACCACUCAGCUUUAAAAUCAGGCUGGUGUUGGUUUAUUUUGUGCUACCCCUUCUUCUCAUCUGAAAACCCCAAUCCGUCGCCUUCACUGUGCGUUAGCCUUGUUACACCAGUCUGUGCCCUUCAGUUUCCUGUGUGAUUUAAUUUCAAUUUCUUACCUGCUGUACUUCACCUCCAUGUGUUUGUAACGUUGUGAAUGCAACCAUCUUUGGGUUUCACUCUUGCUUUCUGUGCUCGUUUUCUUUGCCAUUGUACUGUAACAGAAUAUUCGGUGCAGUUAACACCCAUUCACAGUUUGAAUAUCAGAUUGUGGCAUUCACAACUCACCUGUUGGCCCCGAGUGAGUCUUCUUAUGAGAGAAACAUUAACUUGAACUGCAGUGGUUUUAAUAAUAAAGUUUGAUCAUUUGAAAAGCCACAGCAUCCUUAAGGCAUCACUGAUCAUUAUUAAUUAAAUGAACUUGAAUUUUAGAUGUUUUGGGCAACUAUUUGGUUUGGGAACAUUUUUCAAAAGGUAUGUCCUAUUACUAUUUUUAUCCUUUGUUUUUGUCGCAAGUAGUAAGUAAUAGUGUGGUUUAAUGUGUUUUCCCCUUGUGAUUUGAAUAUACUGUUGUGAAGAAUUUCUUUUACUUUUUUUAUUUUUUGUUUUGUUGGCACAAUAGAACCAGUGUGACUGUUUCCAGAAAUGUAAAUCCCUGCUAUCCUGCUCUGUCAGGCUGAAGAAGCCUUAUCAAACGUGGUGAUUUACAGCACUUGAGUUGUAACUUUUUUUAAACCCAUACCGUCACUGUCCCGCAGAGCAUUUUAUCUCAGAACAGCCCAAGUAGAGCAUUUUAUUCUGUUUUAACAUGUUACACUAUGCUGUUUUAACAUGUGGCUCAGUCCGGGUGUUCAUUUUAAGAUCAAUGACAUGGGUUGGAAAGUUGUUCAUUUUUAAAGUGUACCUGUAUGUCCGCGGUGACGGUAUAAUUGCAAGUUAUAACAUCAUUUUCAUGCUCAACUAAUCUAAAACAGUUUCAAGCCAGAGUUACAGACUGUCAUGGCGAUCUCAUGCGUUCAAAUACUUGUAGUAUUUUUGUACCUAACUAGUGUACUAAUUUACUACUGCAGCUUCAGUAUUUUGGAGAACAAAAAAAAGGAAUAACACUUGCUGGAAUUGAAAUUCUUCACAUAAAGCGUGUUGUUUUCAGCAACAACACUCGUGAAACGCAUUAUUUAAAGCAGUAUAACAUCUUGCACUGUAGUUGACAUUUUUGUGAGGUUUUGUCCUUUUCACACAUUUUCUGUGACUACAACAUAGAUAAGGGAUGAGGCAAGAAUUUGAGUAAAUUAGCUUUUAAGCCUAGAGUUUCUUCUGUUGUCAUGAGUCAAAAAUGUGGGUGUUUAUUUGUUUGAUGACGGUCUGAGUUGUGAGUUUGGGUUUUAAACCUCAGUAACACUUUGUUUUUCGGGUUCAUUUCCCACUGGGACCACCUGUAGUCAGAUCAGUAUGCGUUUCUCGGCACUGCAAGGAGCUUUGGCUUAAAGCGCCAUCGAACGGCAAAUGCCAUGUCAUCCAUAGUGAAAAUCUAACCAACGGGCUAUGCAGUAAAUCAUCCCUCGAUCCCUUUGUCCAUUUUAACAAACUCACCUUUUUCACCCCCAGAGUUAAUUUCACUUGUUUGUAAAUGUUAAAAAAAUAUAUAUAUAUAUAUAUAUAUAUAUAUAUAUAUAUAUGCAACCCUGUUAGUUUGCCCCUGUUAGAAAUCCUGUUUGAAUCUUGACGGAGAGAGUUUCUCCUCUUGAAGUUUCUGUCCUGCUGAUAUAGUUGUUAACACUAUUUAAGAUGGAUGCUCGCAACAGGAUGGUUUAGGCCGAAUUACACACCAAACUGAGCGCACUGAGUAUAUUUUUUUCAGUGUGAUCUGUGUGACAUAAUCAUACUUAUCUACAGCUAUUUCUGAAUGGUUCUGUCAUGGCGGACCCUCAUUCCAUCCAAACUGCUUGUUGUUGGAUCAAGGGCCCUGGUUAAUUUUUCAUCUUGACAGUGUUAGUUCAGGAUAGAUAUUAAACUGUAAACACCUUGUUGCUGUCAAACCUCACUUUGCAAUACUAGUCACGGUGACAUAACCUUCUGGCCUGCUUUAUACCCCACUUUUCCUCAGAGGCUGUUAAUCUGGUCAAACAUCCUGUUGUGUGAACACAUCCAGCCUUUACAAACUGUCUUCUGGAAUGCUUGACUAGCAGGACGGACCUUUUCACCCUUGUGUAUUUGAUUGUACAGAUUUUGUAAAUAAUAUUAAUAUGAUAUAUUCUACACCAGCAAUCUGUCCGUUGAUUACGUUGUUUCAGCUGUUAAGGGCCUGGCUUCCCAAACAUGACUCGGCAAUUCAUUUACAGUCCCAAUGCAGACAGAAGAUGAAUUGAGACGAACCACUUUUCUCUGCAGUUUUACCAGAGCUGUGAUGAAUAGUAUUAGCAAAUCCUUUUAGGAGUCUGUUUUAACCUGCUUGUGGUAUAUGAUUGAUGAGAUUUUCCUCAUUAGGACUAGAUACAUGUCUAGAUGUUUAUCAGUGAUUGUCUAAAAUACAAUGGCAUACAAUGUACAUGUGUUAAACCCACAAACUGGAUCUAUUUUAUUUUUUACCUUUAUUGUCACUUUAAAUAAAAUGUUCUCAAUUGUAUUCAGAUCCAUUUGACUUUGAAUAAAAGUAGCCAUGCUAAAUAAGUCAUAUUUGGGAUUGAGAAGUGAAGGGGAAAUGUGGUAUGUUGAAUAAGUCUUUAACUGGCAUCGAUGCUCUUGAUGUCCACAGCCAGGAUGAUGAUUUUCUGCUUGCUAGAUUUCGGUGCAGGUUUCACAUUGGCUCUUCUGUGAUCUGGAUCUGGGUGUGAAAGUUUUGGGAAGCCAAGUGCUGGUUCUUGGUGUCAGUUCUUCUGCUGCUUUUAACUCCGGUUUGAAAACAUAAAGGGUUAGAAAAAAAGAAAUUGAAAUUAAAAAAAAAUAAUAAUAAUGGCUCCCUGCCUUGUGCAAUGCGUAUGUACUGAAGUGAAGAUAUUUCUUUUUUUCUACAAAAGGAAUUAAACUAAAACUGGAUGAAA